AUGGCUCUAACGUAUAUUGAUAUUUUAAAGCGAAUAUCUUUCGCAUUAAAUAAUUACAUUUUUCAGUUUUGCCUGAAACCAAAGCAAGUCAUAUGUUUGGAAGCUUUGUUAAAGGGGAAUGAUGUGGUGGCAGUUCUGCCUACUGGAUUUGGAAAAUCAAUUAUUUUUCAUUUACUUGCUGAUCUCUUCCCAGUUAAAAAUGAAAAGAAUAUUGUUUUGGUCAUCAGCCCUUUAACUUCCAUUAUAAAUGAUCAGGUGAAAUACUUGAAUGGGAUUGGUUUUUCUGCUGCUGUAUUGAACUUGGAACAGAGGAAGUUUGAGGCAGAUGAGAGCUUGUUUGGAAGUAAUGAUGCAGUGGAGGACGACCAUGAUGGUACAAAUAUUACAAUUGAUUGUGGUAUUAAAAACGGAGAUAUUAAGAUUUUAUUUGCCCAUCCAGAAUCCUUUUUAUCUGAUCAAGGGCGAUCAAUUUUAAAGAGCAAAAUUUAUCAACAAAAUGUGGUAGCUUGCGUGGUUGAUGAAGCGCAUUGUGUUGAAAUGUGGGGUGCUGAAUUUCGUGAAGAUUUUGAAAAAUUAUGCACACUGAAUCAACAAGUAAUGGAUGUUUUUCUUUGA